AUGCCAAGUUACCCGAGCAGCUUGCAGAGUGACGGGCAGUUGAGGCGACAGCUCCCUGCCUGGGGCCGAGGGACGCGGUGUUCUGGGCGGCGUGUGAGGCCGACGGCCCUCGCCAUCCGGGGUCCUGCGUCCUUCCACUCUGAAACGCCGUGGGACUGUCCGUGGCGCAGGGACAAAGGGAGCAGUCACUGUUGCUCACUCGGGGACGCUACAGACGGGCUUUCCUGUGUUCCAGAUCAAAGGUCACGCGCAGCCCUCAGACAGCUCCCGCCGGCAGAGCUGGCCCUGGGCGCCGCCGCGCAGGGCGCCGGAGCUCAGCCCCCCGCAGACCCCCAGAGCUGUUCGUCCCAUCUCAUCGCGGAGUACGAGAAGCAGCUGGAGCAGCUGAGCCGGCAGCUGGAGUGCUACCAGGUGGCGGCUGGCGGGAACACACCCUCCUCCGGACUGAGCCCGCGACGGCCGCGGGGGUGGGGACACCGCACCCCGUCUCGGCUUGCCGCCCGCCCCUGCGUGGGCAGCCGGGGGCUCCCGGUGCCCUCGGCCUGGCACACGGGAGCCCCAGUGCUGAGGACGCGCAGACGCCAGGACGUAACGCAGCACCGUGACAGGUCGGCACCCGCCACCAGGGAGAAUCGUCUCCCGCGUCCAGGCUGCGGCGGCCGCGUCCUCCAGCCGCUCAGGCUCUUGCGCCGCGCCCGCUUCACGCGCAUUUCCCAGGCCGUGCUGUGA